AUGUAUUUUGUAGAGAAGAGUUACAGUAGCAGUAAGAAGUUAGAUGCUUUAUGUUUAGUUUGUGGAGAUAAAGCCUCAGGUAAACAUUACGGUGUUCAGAGUUGUGAUGGAUGUCGAGGAUUCUUUAAACGAUCUAUAAGACGUAGUUUGGAUUAUGUCUGUAAAGAGAAUGGUAAUUGUACUGUCGAUGUGGCCAGAAGGAAUCAAUGUCAAGCUUGCAGAUUUAGAAAAUGUCUCGAAGUUAAAAUGAACAAAGAUGCAGUGCAGCAUGAAAGAGCACCUAGAUGCUACCAGUAUAAACGAGACAGCCCAGAACAACUCCACCUUGACGAGAAAGCGGCUUACACACCCUUAACAGAUUACAUCGAUAGAUCAAGCUCCACCACAGAAAACGUCUUCGAGACUGCAGCUCGUCUUCUCUUCAUGUCCGUGAAAUGGGCAAGGAACAUCCCAUCUUUUCUACAGCUUCCGUUCCGGGAUCAGGCGAUUCUCUUAGAGGAAUCAUGGAGUGAGCUGUUCAUCUUGAGCGCUUCACAGUGGUCACUUCCACUUGAUCCAGCCACUCUGUUAGUAGCCAGUGGCGUAACUGCAGAAAAUGCUAACAGUGAGAAGAGUGCUUAUAUAUCAUCACAGAUCCGAGGAUUCCAGGAUAUCAUCAAUAGAUAUAAUUCUCUCAGAGUGGACGCUACUGAAUAUGCCUGUCUUAAAGCACUUGUCUUGUUUAAAUCAGAAACCCGUGGUUUACGAGACCCGAUCCAGACAGACACCCUCCAGGACCAGGCACAGCUUAUGAUGCACGAAUACAUCUUUUCACAUCACCCUGGAAACAAAGCACGUUUUGGGAAACUCCUACUUCUCCUUCCGGCUCUGCGGACUAUCAAUGCGCGGACCAUUGAGGACAUAUUCUUUCGCCGUACGAUCGGGAGCAUACCCAUCGAGAGACUCUUGUGUGACAUGUUCAAGUCUAGUUAA